ACUUAUAUAUAAAUGUAAAUAUAUAUAUCCUACCAGAACUUCUAGAUGGCGACACAAUAAUCACGUGAAAUAUCAUUAACGAUUUGAUCAGCUGUAUUCUGGUGCUUGGGAGUGGUUGUAUAUUUUAGAGUGUCUUACACCUAUUUUGUGAAGCAAGGCUUUGUUCAACGCUCAAAUGACGGAAUACUGGUUAAUUUCUGCACCAGGAGACAAAACAUGUCAGCAAACAUGGGAGACAAUGAAUAACUUAACAAACAAGCAGAACUCAUUGUCAGUUAAUUACAAAUUUCAAAUACCAGAUUUGAAGGUGGGUACCCUAGAUCAACUAGUUGGUCUUUCAGAUGAUCUUGGAAAAUUGGAUGCUUUUGUUGAACAAGUUACACGCAAAGUUGCAGCCUAUCUUGGUGAAGUUCUGGAGGAUCAACGAGACAAACUUCAAGAAAACCUGAUGGCAAACAACAGUCUCAUAGCCGAUCUUCCCAGUUAUUUAACCAGAUUCCAGUGGGAUAUUGCAAAAUACCCUAUCAAGCAGUCAUUGAGGAAUAUCGCUGAUAUAAUAAGUAAACAAGUCGGUCAAAUUGAUGCCGAUUUAAAAACGAAGUCUUCAGCCUAUAAUAACUUGAAAGGAAGCCUUCAAACAUUAGAGAAGAAACAAACGGGCAGCUUGCUUACCCGCAACUUAGCUGAUCUUGUCAAAAAGGAGCAUUUUAUACUAGAUUCAGAAUACCUCACUACUCUACUCGUUAUUGUACCAAAGUCUCAGACUCAAGAAUGGCUUACCACUUAUGAAAAAUUAACUGACAUGAUUGUACCCCGAAGUAGCCAAUUAAUAACCCAAGAUAACGAAUACGGUUUAUACACUGUUUCUCUUUUCAAGAAAGUAGGAGAAGAGUUUAAACUACACGCUCGAGAGAAAAAGUUUGUUGUGCGGGAUUUCACCUAUAACGAGGAAGAACUGGCUGCUGGAAAAAAUGAAAUCACAAAGUUGGUGACUGAUAAGAAAAAACAAUUCGGUCCACUCGUAAGAUGGCUGAAAGUAAACUUCAGUGAAUGUUUCUGUGCUUGGAUUCAUGUCAAGGCAUUGAGAGUAUUUGUCGAAUCUGUACUAAGAUAUGGAUUACCUGUCAAUUUUCAAGCAAUUCUUAUUCACCCAAAUAAAAAGUUUGUGAAACGUUUGAGAGAUGUUCUCAACCAAUUGUAUGGUCAUCUAGACAGCAGUGCUGCCCUCUCAGGGGCAAAUGUUGAUGGUGUUGACAUUCCUGGUCUUGGAUUUGGCCAACAAGAGUAUUAUCCAUAUGUUUAUUAUAAAAUUAAUGUAGAUAUGAUUGAUGCAAAAAUCUAAAAUUGUUCUAUUAUCUAUGAUACUCCACGCCUAUGAAAAAUACUUUAAAAAAAUGGGUAAAACAAGAUUCAUAGAAACUGUACUUUAAGAUUCCAUUGUUUCAUUACACUAGUUUAUUAUCUGCCGUUUUACAGAAAGAUCAUUCAAUGUUGAAAUAGAAAGGUUAGUUAGCUUUCAAGAUUGAAUAGUCUAGUUUUUUAUGAUUGUUGAAUUGUUAGAAAUAUAUUCUACAUAAUUAUGAUUGAAUUCCAUACCACAUUCAAUAAAUUUUUAACUAAUAGACAGCA